GGACUAACACGACCUACACGGCAAAGGCAGCAAACGACAUCUAUUGCAGAAAAACGACGGCGAGUCGGCUCAUGGAACAAGCCGAUGAACGCGACUCUGCUGGGCCCUCAACCAUGCCGAAGCAAGGUAAAGGGAGAGUGAAAAAUUGCCAGCAGCUCCAGGCUGCCGACGAAGACAACGUUGUGAUGAGUUUCUUGGCUUGAUGAUUGCUAGUGUGGCAAUGACGACCCAUAUGAGUCCUGAUCCUGAUACUUGCGACGUGCUGAAUUGCUUCCUCCUCCAGAAUGGAAAGCCCGCACUGCCAACCAAACCUCGCCGCACAACGCUUGCAAACGUACGCCAAUCAAAUGAGUUGCAAGGUCAAGGAGGAUGCUCUGCAACCUGCCCUGCCGUGGAGAACAUAAGCCUUCCUCUAUACAAGGGGGUUGCGUACCAGUGAUGUGUCGGUGUAGGCCAAACAAUCCAACAAGGAAUGCCAUCCGCAACAUGUUAGUAAACGCAAGAGCCCCAAGGAGUACUUGCUGGUCGAAGCGGAUUGAGCGUGUGAAUGUGGCAGGCGAGGCGGCGGCUAGCAGAUGGGCAGAUGGUGGUCGAACAAAUGGCCCAAUUUGAUGGGAGGGCCCUCUUAUACGCUCGGUAAUACGGCGGGCACCAGAAUGCUCUGGAAAGAUGUGGUCACAUACAUGGUGGAGCCCGAGAUGGAGCCCUGCCAGGCCAAAGGACCUUUUUGAAUCUACGAGCGCUCUACAAUAGGCAACUGACGUCUCCCACAAUACGGAGAGCAGCUAAGGUCCCCUCCACGAUAUGUGCACACAACCCGCAUGCCCAAACUAGAAUGGAUGCAUGGAAGCCACGCGCAUGACACCAUGGGAGCAGAACUCCGAACAAAGCUGCUGGCAAAAUGGGACCGACCUAAGGUGCUCUGAGGUUUUGAUAGUAGGACCGUGAAGCGGGACCAUGCGAUGCGAGGGCCCAUGCACACGCUAGGGAAGACUUUGGUGCUCGGACAUACGUACCGAUUCACAAAGAAUGGCUACACACACAGGGUGGGGAAGCUAAACUCUCAAAUGGAUCCACCUCGGCGUAUACUGCCCAAUGUUGAGGAUAUUCUCAACGCCAAUAGGGUGGCUACCCGUAGAGGGCGCCAUAUCUCGGCGUGCCCCCCCCACCCCCAACAGAACGGCGAGAGUCACCACUGACCUCGAGUCUUGGAGGCUGCUGACUGGUGACAUUUCCACGCUGCGCUGAGGCCCUUUGAAUACAAAAUGGGCAUCAAGGAUUGGCAACUGGAAGAGCGCCGACGAGGGGACCUAGAGACAUUGGCUUGUGAACUAAUUCUGGACAAGAGAGCUACUUGACGCAAGCGGCCUGCUCUUAGCACACCGCCUGGGCAAUUUUGUGCAGCGCCAACGAGGGGACAGCGACAAUAGGUGUGCAUGGCAAGACACUUUGGGCAAGUGUCGCUCCGAGCGGAUCAAGGCGCGGGCAAGGCCUGAAUGGCAAAGAGAUGAGCGCAGAUGGACAAAUGGCGUGCGAAAACAUCAACACAAAGAAGUGUACAUGCGUCCAGCCGGCAUCACGCGCGCGCGCGCUUUUUCGACACAUCGGGGAGAAGCAGCGGUGCGG